UACAGAGUGAAUGAAAAUUUUAAAAUGAAUUGGGAAAAAUUACAUCGGUCUUUCUCAGUUGGGCGAGCUUUCUACAGAUGGAAUGUUUUUUAUAUGCAAUUAAUUUUUACCGAAACGUGAUUUCCUAUCUACUAUCUUUGGAUUACCUAUUUUUUUAUUCAUUUAUUCAUUCACCCAAUUCAAAAGUUAAUAAUCAAAGUUGGCCAUUUGUCUUCGGUAAUCUUGAUCCUUCUGUGAUUUUGUUUUUUCGUUGAUGAAUGAAGCUUGAAUGUAUAGGUACAAUAAAUGGAAGAAAAAGAAAAGAUGAGAUCCAAAUUAAGCACACGUUGAGAAUGGAUGCGCGUUGGUAGUUGCGCAAAAGUUUGGUAUUUGUUGGUGAAGUGCUGCAGGGGGAAGUAGCGAGUCUUCGGCGAUUUUUAGAACGAGCUUUUGAGUUUCUUCAACCUCAGGGAAGGCUAGUUUAUUAUUCGAAAUCGUGAUAUCUAGUUAUUUUCAGAAUGGUUGUACCAUGUUGAUGCGAUUCAUUUUGAUGGCAUUUUUGCCAUCUGGCGUUUUUGGAUUCGGAAAAACAGUAAUAAUAGGUGGACUUUACGAAGAGAAUCCCAUGGUGGUAAAAGCUUUCGAAUUGUCGACAAGGUCGUUGAAUGAGGAACGACAUGGCAACGAUGACUUGCCCAAUCAGUUCGUUAAAACGGAACUGGUCACUAUUGGUAAUGACCCUUACGAUGUAGCACACGACGUUUGUAAUUUGGCGAACGCUGGGAUAGCGGCGAUAUUUGGACCACAAGAUAAGAUAGCGGCUAGACACGUGCAAACCAUGUGCGAUACCAUGGAAAUUCCACACAUCGCUGCGAGGUGGGAACCUCAGCAAAGCCGGGGAAAUGGACUUGUUAAUUUAUAUCCGUAUUCGCAAACGCUCGCCGCGAUUUAUUUGCAACUAGUCACGGAUUACAAUUGGAACACUUUUACCAUACUUUAUCAGAAUACGGAAAAUUUAAUCCGGAUGAAUCAACUUUUAAAAAGAUCGGACAUUCAUGGGCAUACCGUUACCAUUAGACAGUUGCCCGAAGGGCCCGAUUACAGGGAGGUUUUGCGGAUGAUCAAGGCCUCCGAAGAUCCGAACAUAGUCUUGGAUUGCUCAAUAGAUAUUCUGCCGGAGGUUCUAAAGCAGGCGCAACAAGUUGGAAUCAUGUCAAACAAGCAUAGCUAUAUAAUCGCUUCGUUGGAUCUGCAGACGAUUGAUCUUGAGCCGUAUCAAUACGGGGGAACAAAUUUGACUGGAUUUCGUUUGGUAAACCCGGAAGAUCCUUACGUCACCGAAACAUUUAAUAGAGACAUACUGGAUUGGGGACUGGAAAGUCCCUCUCAGUUAACGGUUGAAGCAGCCUUAGUUUACGACGGUGUUCAAUUAUUCGGAAGAGCUUUGAAACAGCUCGACGACGCCAUUAUGGCCGAUGUAAAACUGUCGCUGUGUAACAACCUUGAGAGCUGGGAACACGGUUCAAGUUUGAUGAACUUCAUGAGAUCGACCGAAAUCAGAGGGCUCACCGGACUGAUUAAAUUUGAUCCUGCUGGCUAUCGAAGUAACUUUGAACUGGAAUUGAUCAAUUUGAAUUUGAAGGGAAUUCAGAAAAUCGGAAUAUGGAAUAUCACGAACGGAAUUGAUUAUCUGCCUAGUAUGGCUGCUUUGGAAGUCGGAGAGCCAAGUCUCCGUAACAAAACAUUUAUCGUACUGAUAGCUCUGACACCCCCCUACGCAAUGCUCAAAGAAUCAGCAACUAUGGAGACGGGAAAUGACAGAUACGAGGGUUUUGGUAUCGACAUAAUUCAAGAAGUAGCAAAAAAACUUGGAUUCAAUUACACCUUCGUAGAGUCGGAUGAGGUAUAUGGGUCCAAGGAUCCAGCAACCGGAGAAUUCGAUGGGCUGAUUCGUAAAAUAAUGGAUGGCGUAGCUGAUCUAGCGAUUUGCGAUUUGACGAUCACAGCUGAUCGUCAAGAGGCCGUAGACUUCACAAUGCCUUUCAUGAACUUAGGAAUUAGCAUCCUAUUCGUGAAACCAAGACCAGCUGGGUCUAGUCUAUUUGCCUUCUUAUCGCCAUAUUCAAUCGAAGUUUGGCUAUACACAACAGCAGCGUACGUGGUCGUGAGUCUUCUUCUUUGGGUCGUUGGCCGGUUAUGUCCGGAUGAAUGGACCAAUCCCUAUCCUUGCAUUGAGGAACCCAGAGAGCUUGAAAACCAGUUGUCAUUGAAAAAUUGCUUUUGGUUUCUUGCUGGAGCUUUCAUGCAGCAAGGUUCUGAAAUCGCCCCUAUAGGUCUGUCGACUCGUAUGGUGGCCGGAUCAUGGUGGUUCUUUUGCCUGAUUAUCACGCAGGCUUACACGGCUAAUUUGGCCGCGUUUUUGGUCAUUGAAUCGAAACAAGUUUUGAUCAAAAACGUUGAGGAUCUGGCAACCAACCAACAUGGGAUAAAAUAUGGAGCAAAAGCGAGUGGCUCUACAAUUGAUUUUUUCAAAGCAUCCACUCAUCCAACUUACAAAAAGAUGUAUGAAUACAUGAGGGAAAACGCUGACGAAGUUUUGAUGGGUAGAAACGAUCUCGGUGUUGCGAAAGUUCUCGAGGGCGGAUACGCUUUUUUCAUGGAGUCUUCAUCGAUCGCCUAUGAAGCUGAAAGAAAAUGUGACCUUGACGAAGUGGGUUCCCUCUUGGACUCCAAAGGUUACGGUAUUGCUAUGAAAAAGUUUUCACCGUACCGCAACGCGCUCAGCACAACGAUUCUGACACUUCAGGAAACAGGAGUCCUUAAGGAUCUAGAGAACAAAUGGUGGAAGCAAAAACGAGGAGGUGGAAGAUGCGAGGAAGGUAAGGCAACGUCGGACGCAAAAGCUUUGGGAACUGGAAACGUGGGUGGUGUUUUCAUUGUUCUAAUAGUUGGAACAGCAUUGGCCUGCAUUUGGACUGCCUUGGAAUUGCUUUGGGAAAUCAGCUGCACUGCGAUCAAUAAAAAUGUUUCGUUCAAAGAAGAAAUGAAGGAAGAACUGGAGUUCAUUGUUAAGUGCAACAGAGUUGCUAAGCCAGUUAGAAGAAGAAAAGGUAGUUCAGCUGUGAAUCUCAGCAACGAAAAUGGCAGCACAAGAGAUUGUUCACCGCCUUACGGGUUUGUGCCGACGGUAAUUACAACGUCACCCGAAGAGAAAUGAUUUCUGCAAAUUGACAAGGGGAAAAAACCCGCCAAGAAAAAGAGAAAACUUGUCGUUUUCAAUAACAACGCAGAACAAACGUGCAUUAUUAUAGGCGUUAUCAUAGAUAUAUUGUAUCCAUGGUAUUAUUUUGUCUAUUGAAUUACUUUGUCUAUCUAUUGUACUAUCUGAUAAAAAUUGCAUAGCAACCCGC